CCGAACCGCGGCGCCGCGCGGCCCCCUCGCCCCCCCCCGGGCCCAGCGCUUGCCCUGCGGCAGGUCCGAGUCCCCCCAGACCCCGUGGCUUCGCCCCGCGCCGGGGCGUCGCGGCCUGCAGCCUCGCCCCAGGGCCGGUUUGGGGCGAGGGGGGUGUGACGGGGCCCGCCCACCCUCCCGCUGCCCCCGGCCCGGCCUCGGGGUGACGGCGGGGCCGGUGCUGCUCUGACCACUGCUGUCACGAGCUGGGGCGGGCUCAGCAGGCCCAGCGAUCGCCUUACCGCCCGCCCGGGGAAUCAAUUACACGUGGGGAGCCGUGGCGCGGCGGGAGGGGGCCGCACUGCGUGUCCCCCCCGGCUCUCGACGCCAGGGACCAGCCCUGGGGAGACGGGGGACCCCGCUGGGCAAGGGGGUGCAGGGGGGGCUGGGGCGGGAGGUUUGGGAUGGCCGGAGCACCCCCCGCUCGGCCCCCCCGGCCCCUGGCCUGGCUCAGGUUCCUCUUUGUGCAGCCCAGGCGGCUGCUGCAAUUUUAAUGAAGACACCGGAUCCCCGGAGCAGCGCGGGGGGGGGACCCGCACCCCCGCUGCCCCCCACAGCAGCACGCGGGGCUCCCCGGCACCUGGGCGAGCGGCCGGAGCCCAUCGCCAUGACUCAGGCCUUCUGGAGGCUCUACAAGUCCAAGGUGCUGCAGACGCUGGGCGGCGAGCAGGCGGAUGAGGAGGCCGAGCCCCCCGAGCUGAUGGAGACGGCGGAGCCGCCGGCGCUGGCGGAGGAGGGCACCGGCCCCGUGUCGCAGCUGGCGCGCAAGGUGCAGGGCGCGGGAGCCAGGGGCUGGCGCACGCUCUCGUCCCUCUUCGGCCGCGAGGACGAACACCAGCUGCUCGGCCCUGAGCCCUGCAACGACCACCCGCUGGCCGCCUCGCCCGAGGUGCCCCCCGCCAAGGCGCCCGGCUUCUGGGACCUCUUCGCUACCAAGUGGCAGCAGCCUCCGGCGUCGGACGAGCCGGAGCCGGCCGAGAGCCCCGGGGAGCCCGGCGACCCUGCGGGUACCAGCGGCUCCGGCGCCGGCCCGGGCAGCGAGCUGCGCGAGCAGGAGGAAGGCGCCUUCAGGUGGGGUUUCCUGGCCGGGAAACUUGCCGAGAUCCGGAAUAAAAAUGCUCCCAAGGGCACCUAGGGGAGGAGCUGCCCGGAAGGACUUUCUCCAGCGGCGCGGGCGGCCUCUGCAGUGUGGCCCCCCCCUCCCCAGGCCGGGGCGUCCUCCCGCCCUCGCUUUGCAGCCUGCGCCCCUUCCCCUGCCGCUGCUUUUACCCUGGGAUAAGGGAGCUGGGUGACUCCGCAGCGGGUGUUUGCGAUGAGUUUUGGCCGGUCUCUGCCCGCGUGCAGGUGUCUGCACUAAAAACCUCGAUGUGCCCCUUU